AUGGGGUGGUGGGAGAACGCCAAGAGCGUGUUCGGCGACGGCGGGGGCGGCGGCAACGUCGGCUGCUUCCCGAGGAUCGGGAGGAAGCAGGCCAGGAACUCGUACGCUUUCCCGGCGGACCCUGGGAGCGAGAAACGGAGAGGAGGAUCGGGCGGCCCCGUCCCGGAGGAGGUGAUCACGGUGGAGGUGCCGGAGGUGACGCUGCGCGAGCUGAACGAGAUCACCGCGUCCUUUUCCAGCGAGAAGCUGAUCGGGCAGGGGUCCUACGCCAAGGUUUACCAGGCCACGCUGCGGAGCGGCAGGCUCGCCGUCGUCAAGCGGCUGGAGAAGCCCUCCAAGUACGCGUCCAACGUCGUCUUCCUCAAGCAGCUCGGGGUGGCGUCGAGGCUGAACCACGACAACUUCGUCCGCCUGUUCGGGUACACCAUCAGCGGCGACCUCCGCGUGCUCGUCUACGAGUUCGCCACCAUGGGCACCCUCCACGACGUCCUUCACGGGGACAGGGAGGUGCUGGGGCUGCCGCCGCCGGAGCAGGGCAGCGCCGGCAGGCCGGUGCUGAGCUGGAUCCACCGCGUGCACAUCGCGCUGGACGCGGCGAGGGGGCUGGAGUACCUGCACGAGAUGGUGCAGCCGGCGGUGACGCACAAGGACGUGCGCUCCACCAACGUGCUGCUGUUCGAGGGGUUCAGGGCCAAGAUCGCCGACUACAACAUGUUCAGCCAGGCCGCGGACAUGGCCAGGCUCAACCGCUCCACGCACACGCUCGGUUCCUUCGGCUACCAGGCGCCCGAGUACGCCAUGAUGGGGCAGAUGACGGACAAGAGCGACGUGUACAGCUUCGGCAUCGUUCUCCUUGAGCUCCUGACGGGUAGGAAGCCGUUGGACCGGACGCUGCCGCAGGGCCAGCGAAGCCUGGUGAACUGGGCAGCUCCGAUGCUGACGGAAGACAGGGUUCAGGAAUGUAUCGAUCCGAAGCUUGGUGAUCAGUAUCCUCCUGCCGGAGCUCUCAAGCUCGGGCGAAUCGCGGUGCAGUGCCUGCAGUACGACCCCACCUUCCGGCCGUCCAUGGGCACCGUCGCCCGCGUGAUCAACUACGCCGUCUUGCGAGACCAGCAGGGCGUCGUCUGA